GCCAAGCAUACCGCGAGCGGCGUUUGCUUCCGUGUUUGUGGGAUUAGGAGAGUCUAGACCCGCCGGUGACAGGGACUCGAGGACUGGGGAGGCUCACUGUUCCAUUCAUUCGAGGAUAUUACAGCAAAAACUCGCCAACAUGGCAUACGAAUUGAAGCACACGUUCGCCAGUCUCCCGCAGAUGGAGAGAGGAGUCGCAAAGAUUCUCGGUGGAGACCCCAAAGGCAACAAUUUCUUGUACACCAACGGGAAGAGCGUCAUCAUCAGAAAUAUCGAUAACCCGGCAAUUGCUGAUAUCUACACAGAGCAUCCUCAUCAAGUCAUUGUAGCCAAGUAUUCACCCAGUGGCUUCUACAUCGCAUCUGGAGAUGUUUCGGGUAAGAUUAGAAUCUGGGACACUACCCAGAAGGAGCACCUACUGAAGUAUGAGUACCAGCCCUUCGGAGGCAAAAUCAAGGACAUCGCCUGGACGGAGGACAGCAAGAGAAUUGCUGCAGUUGGAGAAGGCAGAGAGAAGUUUGGGGCUGUGUUCUUAUGGGACAGCGGCUCCUCAGUGGGUGAGAUUGUAGGCCACAGCAAGGUCAUCAACACAGUGGAUAUUAAACAGUCUCGUCCUUAUCGCUUGGUCACUGGUGCAGAUGACAGCUGCUGCACCUUUUUCGAGGGUCCACCAUUCAAGUUCAAGUUCACCAUGAGUGACCACAGUCGCUUCGUCAACUGUGUGCGCUUCUCUCCGGACGGCAACCGAUUCGUCUCGGCUGGAGCUGACGGCCAGAUCAACAUCUAUGAUGGCAAGACUGGUGAGAAGGUUGGCACGCUGGGAGGAGAGAAAGCUCACGAGGGUGGAAUCUAUGCCGUGAGCUGGAGCCCUGACAGCUCCAAGCUGAUCUCGGCGUCCGGGGACAAGACGGUGAAGCUGUGGGAUGUGGCCAGUGGCACGGCGGUCACCACCUUCAACAUGGGCGCCGACGUCAUGGACCAGCAGCUGGGUUGCCUCUGGCAGAAGGACCACCUGCUCAGCAUCUCCCUGUCGGGCUACAUCAACUACCUGGACAAGAACAACCCUGACCGCCCGAUCCGCACCAUCAAGGGACACAGCAAAUCAAUUCAGUCCUUAACUGUCCACAAAACUGAUGGAAGGAACUGCAUCUACUCUGGGAGCCAUGAUGGACAUAUCAAUUACUGGGAUGCUGAGACCGGGGAGAAUGACGAGUUUUUGGGCAAAGGGCACAGUAACUCCGUAGCCAAGAUGGCUGUGAACGACUCUAACCAGCUGGUGACCUGCAGCAUGGAUGACACAGUGCGCUACAUUGACGUGACCAAAAAAGAAUACAGUGCCUCUGAUCUACUGAAGAUGGAUGUCCAGCCUAAAUCUGUGUCCGUGUCCUCGGGCGGACUUGCCAUGGCUGUGUGCAUUGGUCAGCUGGUGCUGAUGAAGGACAAGAGGAAAGUGUUCACGCUGGACGAUCUGGGCUACGAGCCGGAGGCGGGAGCUCUCCAUCCCGGCGGCGGCACUGCCGCAGUGGGCGGAGCGGAUGGAAAGGUACGCUUAUACUCCAUCCAGGGGAACACCCUGAAAGACGACGGAAAGCUGCUGGAGGCCAAGGGGCCAGUGACCGACAUGGCCUACUCUAACGACGGAGCCUUCCUGGCUGUGUCCGAUGAGAAGAAAGUCAUCACUGUCUUCACUGUGGCGGACAACUAUGCGGUCAAAAACGAUUUCUAUGGGCAUCAUGCAAAAGUGGUAUGCCUGGCUUGGUCGCCUGAUAAUGAGCAUUUCGCUAGUGGUGGCAUGGAUAUGCUGGUGUACGUGUGGACAGUCUCUGAUGCAGAUAAGAGAAUUAAGAUCCCAGACUCUCACCGGUUGCACCACGUGAGUGGCAUCGCCUGGCUGGACGAGCGCACUGUAGUGACCACCUCCCACGACGCCAGCGUCAAGCAGUGGACUUUAAAAAUCUGACCAUUUUAGAGCACUCCGGAUCUUCAGGGACUAGGACUACUGUAGAAGUGACCCCUCUUCCUCUCCUCUGUCUUGUUAUCUCUUCUGCUCCCCCUCUCCCUCUUUCUUUCUUUCUUUCUUUCUUUCUUUCUUUCUUUCUUUCUUUCCCUCUUCCUCGCUCUCUCUUUUUGGUAAUGCCUUUUUUUCUUUUCUGGUCACCUGUUGUCACCAGGCCCCUAAUUUCUCACUGUCUGUCUUGGUAAGGGAAAAGCUCAUAGAAAAGAGAAAGCACCACCCACUGUCUUUUUUUUUUUUUUGAAAAAAAGUGUACUUGGUUACUUAUUUGCACAAAGAAAAGAAAGCAAAUGCAAAGUCUAUGAAAUUAAACACUUAAGAUCCUUGGAGCUUUCCAUGUUUUAAAAAACCCCACAAUAGACCGAUAAAACAAAAACUUAUUCAGCUCAACAUUCCAGAGGCUCCAGCCUUAUGUCUGUUUCCGCGGAAAUGCUUGUUUGUUCACACUGGUGUCCAGCUAUGAUCAGUGGUCAGGAUAGUGUGGCAUGGGACUUUGUUGCCUCACGUGUGUGUGGCGACAGAACAUAUCUGUGCCAUGCAGAAUCCCUAUUUAAAUAAAUAAAAAAAAUAUGGGUGACAUGGGGAGCAAUAACAGGAAAUAAAGCGAACAAAAAUGAUGUGUUUUCAAGUCUUCAAUCGAAAUGCUGUGUGUGGAACUCCCAUGAAUUUUCUUUGAACUCAUUAUGUCUCUCACAUUUUUGUUUUAAUUAUUAUUUCCUUUUCUUUUUUUCUCUGAUUUUUUGUUGUGAUUCCUCCACCCUUUCCAGUCGGUGGAUGUAAUUCAUAAUAUAAUAAAAAUGAACACUUUUUAA